CCGAACGCCUGCUCCGCCCCCAGCCGGGCGCGAAACUACAAUUCCCAGCAUGCCCCGGGACCGGAUAAGAGGCGGGGCCGCUCACCUCACCGCUUCCUAAUUGACGUGCGCGGCGGCCACUCUGCGAGCCGCAGGAUCGCGGUCCCCCCAAUGGCGGGAGAGCGGAGGCAGGCGUUGCCCUACGCCGCUGCCGGGCCGGGCGUUGAGGGUUUGGAAGAACCUCGUUCUCAGACCCUGAGAAGUCCGGACUUUCUAACAGUGUGCUACCUAAAGGAAUAUAAGGAGUUGAUACUUGUAGUUUCCUUGCAGUUAGUUUUUUGGUAUUUGUAUCUCUCUUUCUGUAGUUUUAGAUCAAGAAACACCAUGAGCGCAACUCAACGAAAGCGCCGUGGAGGAGCAGUUAAUUCUAGGCAAGCUCGGAAGCGAAACCGCUUGAUGGCUUCUACUGCAGAAAUGGCUUCAGAAGCAGAGCCAAUAGAACUUGAAGAAAGUGCCGGUGAAGAAGUAGUAGAUCUCACAUGUGAACCUUCUGAUCCUGUAGUCGUUGAUCUAACUCACAAUGAUUCUGUUGUGAUUGUUGAAGAGAAUCAACGACAAAGGAGAAAUCUUAGACUAAGAAGCCAGCGACAGUCAGACAGCUGUGUACUGAGUAGUGAUGAUGAAGAUGAAACAAGAGAUAAUGAUGUGUAUGUGACAGAUAAAGUGUCUCGAGAAUUGGGACCACUGGAAGAUGAAACUGCAAGCUCAAAGCCGUCUGGUACCGUUAGCUGUCCGAUUUGCAUGGAUGGCUACUCAGAGAUUGUGCAAAGCGGACGCCUGAUUGUGUCGACCAAAUGCGGCCAUGUCUUCUGCAGUCAGUGCCUCCGUGAUUCCCUUAGGAAUGCCAACUCUUGCCCAACCUGCAGGAAGAAACUCACUCACAGACAGUAUCAUCCCAUUUAUAUAUGAGUACUUCUAUUUCUCAGGACAGACUCAACUGGAUGGUUUGGGCAAUGUCGUGUUUUCAGUGCUCUGAAGAUUUAAAGAGCAGCAGGUUGUGCACACAUCCAAAUAAAACUGAUUUUUUUGGAGAAUAACUUGUACGUAUAUAGACAGCUUUUUUAUGGUCCAAGCUGCUUCUUGUCAUGUCCCUGGUUGUAAUGUUAAGUUUAUGACUGUCUCUAAAGUAGACCAGCAGCCUAUAUCAGAAAGGAAGCAGCUAAUCCAUUUCCUUCUACUUUUUUAAUGCUUAACUAAGAGGGGUCUGAAUAUUUUGUUACUUCUUACUCUUUAAAUUAUUCCCACCGUCGCAUACAGAUACGGAGUAGUUACCUUUGAAAAUACAGAUGAGCGAUUUGCCAUUCCAUUACACUUCUGUUUUUAUCCUACAAGAAGCUCAUGACUAUAUUGCUUUCUGCUAUGCCAUCUUUGCCCAAGUAGAGUAAGUUCUGUAAUGACGGAUCGUUUUAUCAUAAAUCACUAUUAAAUUGACAGCCAAGGUCAUGCAAUAAAAUAACCUGCUGUUAACCAGCAAUCAGGUGUUUUAAGCAGAAGGCUUGAACAUGUAGAUGUCUUUAUGGCCUCCGUGAGAUCUAAAGUACGUAGACAAAUUGCAACAUGUACAAUGUGAAAAUACUUCUUUGAAUGUUUUAACUGCCAAGAAUUCCUGUGUUUGAAUCACAACACUGAAUUUAUUUUCUAACGUGGUGAGAUGGUCUCUUGGGUUUACUACUGUUCUGUAGCGCGCUCUCCUGAUAACUAAGGAGGAUAUAGUCUUCUCUAGGCUGCUAGUGAUGAAUAAGAAGCAAAUUGUACACUGUCCUCUUGUCAGCUGAAUACCAAACUACCUACAGGUCUUCUUACUGUAUCAAGUGUCCCCAGCGUGAUGCUUAAAGUUCAGUGCAUUCACUUCGCUCUUCUCUUCAGUUGUUAUACCGACACCUGACUCGUUUUAACCUGGUGCGUAGGAUUAAAAAUUAAAUCAUUGUAUUGCCAUGGAUUUAGGAAGUGGAGGCUUUAAAAGAUGUUUUGGUAGCCAUCUUGGCUUGGCAGCUUUUUGAGAGGGAAGUCUAAUCUCCCUUUGCCCUGAGGGUUGUCCAGCUUUCUUUAAAUGUGCAUUUUUAAAAAAGAAGAGAAGCCAGACACACGUGCUAGGAGAGAGCAUUCCUCUAUUUAAGCAAGGCAGGAAUACACAGGUUUAUGCACUGUUAUCCAGUCACUUUUUUUUUCCCCAGGACUAAGUUAUAAAUGACUGCUUUAAACGUGUUACAGCUAAAAUCUGCAAGCUGAUGUGGAAUCCCAGAUGAGCUGAUACAAACAGGAUUAUAGUAAUGAGAUGUAGAUGAGAUGAUUAAAACCAGUAUUUUAGGAUCCACAUCUGCAGUAGCCGCAUCUAUGAAAAAGUCCAAAAUUAACCUGGGACACCUUUUGGCAGUUGGUUGAUUAUGAAAACCGUUCGAAGCACCAUUCUGUGCUCUGGUGCAGCACAAUUGUGGGGGGUGUUUAGUCAACAUUGAUAGCUGAGGUGUCUUUGCUAACCUGUCCUAGGGAUCUGUAGGAAGCCUUUAAUUAAAGCAGCUCUUCUAAUUGGCUGUCUCAAGUUCAGUAGUGAAGAUUGCAACCCAAAAGUAAAGGUGGUUUUGGGUUUUUUUUUUAUUAGAAUGUUUAGGGAUGUUUCUGGAUGUAGUAAUACAGACAGAGUUUAGUUCCAUAAAAGCUGUCCUGAGAAAUGCAAUACCUUCCCCACCCUGGUUUGGACUAGCUUUGGUUCAGCGCUGUCAUCAGGAAUGUGCAGGUUCUGCAUUGUGGCAAUAUGGUACCUGCUAAAAAGUUACACACGUUUAGUUACUGUGUGCUCCCGUGGCUAAUACAAACUACAAGCAAGGACUGCAGCAGUCUUAGGGUAGUGCGGUGACGACGACGGCUGGCAUGUGUGUCCCAAAAAGCAGAUCAUCAAUGAAACAAUUCUAUAGAUUGCUUAAAGCAUUAAUUGUGUGAAGAGCAGCAGCCCCACGUUAAAACUGUCAAGAUACUUCAGGCCCACAGAAACAGCUUUCUCCCAGGAGCUUAGCAAAGAAAAAAAAAAUUAUGGCCAGUUUUCCUUGGAUGGCUACUGUACGAGAGGGACGGUAAGAAGAGGAUUUAAGGGAUUACCUCUGGGGAUGAGGGUGAGUCACGUAUCCGUGCAUCUUUCACAGUGUACUAGCCAUAGCCUAAAACGACUUUGCACAACUCCUUCCAUGUAAAUAUCACUUUAUAGUUUGUGUCUCAAUAAAUAGAUCUAAUUGGAAUUUAGAUAUCGCAAACUAUAAAAUAUUUAACAAAAAAGUUUUUAGCUUUUGUGUACCCUGUGAAGUGCCACAAAUUUUGUGCAUCUCAAAAUGAAUUUUAAGUCUCAGUACAUGGAAAAAUACUAAAUUGCAUUACAUGCUUUUUUUAGGGGGGAAAAAAAAAAAGAAACCCCAAUAUAUUUGAGUUCCAGUGAUGUUUCACAUUGGCAAGAACUGAUAGAUAAUAUAAAGUUUUUUCCAUUCUGUAAAUGUAUGUCUUGUUGUAUAUAGUUCAAUUUUUCCUGUAUUUAAUUGUAUUCAUGUCUGUCUGUCCCAUCUAUGUUGGACUCUGCUGGUAGGCAAACAGUUCUUUUAACUGGUGGAAAUAAAACUAUCGAUUUGAUCAAUCA